AUGCAAAAUGCUCGUGCUAAUGCCAAACUCCGUGGACGGAAGAGGACCAAUACUUCUGGAUCCCUCAGCAAUACAAAACCACUUCCCCAAUCUCUCAUCGCACUGGCAGCGCUUCCCUUGCCCGACUCAUUUCUGUUCCAACAAGCAUAUUCUGGGUCGGAGUUGAUUGACGAGUCCGAUGUAUUCCAGUGGGACAAACCACCACCGUACGAUUCCCCUCCUCCUCCAAAUUCACCACAUGAGGCUCGCUUUACCCGCAAUCUUGUGGAUGUCAUGCAUGGCAGACAGUGUCGUUUGGAAGAAGAG